GUAAUGCGGGGUCUUCGACGCGUUGCUCGUUUAUAGAACGAGGCAACCAAGAAAGAUAACACGUCGACCUUCGCGUCUCGCCUGCCGCUGCUUAUUUUCACUGCGCGCACAGGCGCGCGGCCAGCGCGGCGAAGCGAGGCGUUGCUGUCGUUUUAUGGAGUCGCUCCUGAACCGUCGUCUGUUCUGAUCGUGAGCCGCACGCGUCGUCUGCUGCGCCCGGUGCUCGGCAGCUGUAUCGGCCGUCUCACGGAAUUCGCUUCAUCCGCUUGGGGAAACAAACAAUGGAAUCGAGGCUGUGCUCAGCAGCCGCACCGGCGAAGGCAGCCCGCGUCCCGAGUGCCGGAGACUGUCCACCCUCCAGUGCAGUGGGCGCACCCGGAGACAUGAAGCUGGCGCGUUGGUGUCCAUCCUCCAGGGAGCAGCUUCAGGAGGCUGAGGAGAAGAUCUUCUCAUAUAUUAACAGAAAAUACACGGGCCGCUAUGUUGAAGUUGGCCGCUUUGGAGACGCUGUGUCUCCUUGUCGCAUAUGGACCAUCACCAUGAAACCGGAAUCGGACGAUGCGGUGACCCAGAUGCCGCUGGUGUUGAUCCAUGGCCUUGGCUGCGGCUCUGCGCUAUGGGUGAUGAACAUUGGCGAGUUAUCGAAGAACAGGGUGGUCCAUACUCUGGACCUGCUCGGCUUUGGGCGAAGCUCCAGGCCAUCCCUUGGGCACGACGCCACCAGCAUCGAGGACCAGAUGGUGCAAAGCAUUGAGGCAUGGCGGCAGCAGAUGCAGCUGGAGCGCUUCGUGUUGGCCGGCCACAGCCUCGGAGGCUUCUUGUCCGCGUCGUAUGCGCUCCGCUACCCACAUCGCGUGGCUCACCUGGUGCUCGAGGAUCCCUGGGGUUUCCCCGUGUUCGACCCGGGGAGGCCGCGGGGCAAGCGCAUGGGGGCCUGGUUGGCACCACUGCAACUCUACUGCAACCGCUUCAACGUGCUCUCGGGACUGAGAGCAUCUGGUCUCCUCGGACCAUUUAUAAUGCAGGCAGCACUCAGUGGUGCUCACAGCCUCUUCGGUCGUGUUGUCACGGACCCCACCGCUAUUCCCAAUUACGUGUACCACUGCAACGUCCGGAGGCCAACAGGUGAAGAGGCGUUCCGGAACCUGAGCGUGUACUUCGGGUGGACGAAGAAUCCCAUGGUUCUGCGUUUCCUCGACCUGGAUCCCGAAGUGCCUGUGACGUUCGUGUACGGCAAGACCACAUUCAUCACGCGAAGCCCAGCCGAGCACAUCAAGAAGACCAGGAUCAACGGCUACGUCGACGUCCAGGUGUUCGACAACUGCGGCCACAACGUGCACAUGGACCAACCUGAGAAGUUCAACGAACUCAUCAACAAGGUAUGCGACCUGGCCAACAGCGGCGUCAAACUCGGAUCGGCCUCCUUCGCGGCGGACCGGCCAGCGGAAGAGUAGUUUUGCUUCUGGCGCCGUGUGUGAUCUUAGUUCUUUUUUCCUUCACUGACGAUCGAACAUUCAAUAUGGGACCACCACGUGGUGAUACGCAAGCAUACGAGCACUCAUCAUUGUGCGGCCAUGGACACAACUGACAGUGCCAACACGUCAGCAAUUGUGGGUAUAUUGAUAUGGUGCGUUACCUCGACAGGCAGGCCUAGAGGCCUGGAAUGACAAAUAUUUUUUUUCACUAAGGAUUAAUGCUCGGAAGAGCGGUCUCAGGCAAGUCGUCGCGGUUAGCGAGAUGAUGGCCCCCUCCAAAGGCCCAACCGGUGACAACCACUUGUAAGCUUUGUGGAUUUUGCCAGUCGUUUUUUGAGCAUGCAGUCUAAAUAUUUAAGUUCGUAAAACAAAGCAUGGUUGCUAUAGAAUUAAUUAAUCACUGGGCCAGUUGGUUCUGCAUCAUUGAAUAGGCAAAUUAGCCCAACAAAAGACAACUGACACAAGAAAGGGAGAAAGAGGCAAGCGCAUAUCCCUGUCUCUCUUGUACCUGUGUUGUGACUGUAAUUUACCUCUUCAGUCAUGGUUACUCAGCAAACGUAACUGGUCAACCUUUGCUGUUUUCUCCUUGCGCCUAUAUUAUCUACGACUAUGCAGGCUCCUUGGCAGUUUUCGCAUAUCGCGUCAAUUCAUACCAAGGACGACUUCGCAUCUGGCUCUGAAAUACAAGUCUCCGGUGUGCCUUUGAACACUGACAGGAAGCCUGCUAGCGAAUACAGUCAUUUUCAAGUGCUGUGAUUAUGUGAACAAAAGAGGUGAUGUGAACCGUCGUAGAGUGUAGAGAUUCGAACUUAGUCCUAUAGAAGCUCAGUACGUCGCAAGUUGGUAUUUGCGCGAAUUACUUUGCUUCACGAUUGCUUUAUUUUUUGUUUUCUAUCGAAACAAAAGUGUGUAUUUGAACGCUGCUUUUAAUACUAAGAAUUACUUCUUUAGCAGUUUGCAUUUUUAAAUUCAGUUUCUUCAUGUGCGCUUUCUCGUCGUUCACCAAUUAAUCUUUUCAUUUGUUCUGAUUGUUCUCUCUUUUAGCUACAAACUUCAAAGCUUUGUUAAGGCAUUGUGUAGUACUCCAAAACUGCGCAUCCAGACCACCAGUUUAGAAAAAAAUGAAAGAAGCUUGUACUUGUCGAAAAAGAAAGAGUUUACUUCACGAACAGCGUCUGUUACAUUUAAAGUGAUUGGGGCGUUGUUGUGCAGGCACCUCAGAACGAAUGUUGAUGCAGCGAAAUUUAUUUGGGUCUUGAACAUUUACUUGAGAGCUAGGUCAACAACUUGGAGCAUGUCCAAAUUGAACGUUAAUAUUGUUAUUACUUUUAACUUAUUCGGAAAAUGUGAAGUUGAGUUAAAUUUAUGACUCAGACACCUAGUAUUAUGACUAAUUGAUGAAGUAAGACAAUUAUAAUGACUACUAGGCAAAAUUUACUACUAUAAAUCUCUUAAUUUUAGUUCUGUUUUCUAUAUGUAAAAAAAACUGACUUGCUUUUCUGCUGCUUAGUGAAAGAUCGGGGGCUCAUUAAGCAGAACGAUUACUGCUGCUGCUUUUUUGCUCAGUAACUGAAACUGUUGAUCAGUUUAAGACUAGAACAGGAGUACGUUUGUGCGAUGAUUGCCUUCAUCGUUUCGGAUUCCCUCCACACUUUUCAAAACUAAAUGUGUAGGGGCGGCCAACAAUCCCACCGCUGAUUUCUCAUUCAUGUGGCACGCACGCAAUAUCAUAAUGCUUGGUAGCUGACUGCAAUUUCGCUUUCGGUAUUCAGUCAACGGACGUCGUUCUUUUUAUUUGCCCUGUAACGCAGGACGUUCCUUCACUCAACUUGUAUGACUCAGUGUACAGACGGGUGGAUGAACUUUACGAGCACUCUCUUUGAAACGAUGAAAUGGCUAGUGUCAUCAAGUCAUUAUUUUUAUCUGUCGUUUAGUCUUGACCUUUAUGGAUCCAUGAUUCGUGCUAUGGACUAUCAUUUUACUAUCCUCAAGAGCUCCGUCGUUUUUUUUUUUUGUUUUUUUUUUGUCAUUUGCUGUCGCUCGGCCAUUACGCCGCCGAUCGAAGUAGUUUGCUUUGCUUCCCAGGCAGAUUCCGUAUAUUACUUUUCUCCACAGUCUUUAAAAGAGAAGGCCACGUAACGCAAGGGUCGGCUAUUAAGAACGAUUUCUCACGCAGUACAAAUUUUUACACCCCGAGCCAUGGGACAAAUAACAGCGGCCCUAAGGAUGCACGAGGCACCGAAUCACUUUAGUGGCGUUUUAUAUCGCCAUAGCUGACACUCUCAACCCUGAUUUAAGUGCGUAAAGUUUUUGUCAUGCAUUUAACUCUGGAUGGAUACUGCGACGAAAGAAAACAUGCCCGAUAAUUUCUGCGCUCUUCACGCUGCUAGCGCCACCCAUCGACAGAGGAUGUAACUGCGCUUCGGCGGUAACCUUUAACCUUAGCGAAUGCGUCGCGACCAUGAUGCUGCCAGCAUCUAUUGAAAUGCACAGUAGCGAAAUUGCGCCUCAAACUUUCCUAUUGUCCUCUGAGAAUCGCCAAGGGACUCUACGUAAGCCUAGUUAAUUCUUCCGUCGAUGGGUGACGCCAUGUUCCGUUCGGUGAAGAUUAGAAUAAGGAUUGAGCCAAGAUUCGCUUGCAGAUACUGGCGUUACCGAUACUCGUGAUGCUCGAGGGCAUUCAUAACUUCUACGGACGUCUUGGGGAACAAGCGUUUCCUGUAUGUAGAGUACGGCAGUACUAUAUGGGGGGCAUGCGGGCUAUGCGGAACGUGCCUUCUUGUUUUUGCUUUCUUGCUUGCUUACCUGCGCUUGCAUAGAUGUAUAUCUCCUUGCGCGAUUGUUGUUAGCUGCUUUGUUGAAUAGUCAUCGCGACCUCAGUUGUGGCUUUUUACACGUUUGUCACGCUUUACCUUGUUGAUCUGUCUUUUUUUUUUGUUGAAUUUUUUACCCAUGCCAAAAAAAAAAGAAAAUAAAAUGUUUACCUGUCUAUUUUGAGUAUGAAGCUGUGAACAGCUGCUUCCAGAGUGUACCAAAAUAAAACGCGUAAAUAAAUUUGAAUACUUGUUUUAUGCUGUCGA